AUGGGGUCGGCCGCGAGCUCGACCGCGCGUUCGGCGACGACGACCGCGGCGGCGCCGAAAAAGCUGUGCUGCGCGUGUCCGGAGACGAAGGCGGCGCGGGACGCGUGCGUGGUGACGCGGGGGGAGACGGAUGCGCGAUGCGUCGAGUUGGCGGAAAAACAUCGAACGUGUUUGCGCGACGCCGGGUUCGACGUCUAG